CGCUCGCAGCGCUCGCCCCUCCGUCAGCCGCCUCCCGCCGCCGCCUCGGCGCAGACUGCUAAGCUCAGCAAGUCUUGCGGCAAAGGCACUUCGGACCGAGUUGGGGCCGGGGCGGAGCGGGGACUCCGGGCCCCGGGGGAACGGACGCUCCUCUGCACCGCGGCCAGCGCCUCGCCCUUGCAGCCCGCCGCCCCCUCACUUCGGGGACCCAGGAUCCCUCCUGCCUGGCCGCUCCGGCGAUCCCCUCUGCCACCAUGAGGAACAUCUUCAAGAGGAACCAGGAGCCCAUUGCGGCUCCUGCCACCACCACUGCCACAAUAUCAACGGGGCUCUUAGACAACUCUACCGAGAGCGGGAGUGCUGGGGAGAGUAAGGAAGACAUAUUGGCCAAAGUGAAGGAUAAAUUCUUCAAUGAGUUCCAGAAGAUCCCCUUACCACCCUGGGCACUGAUCGCCAUUGCUGUGGUUGCUGGCCUCUUGCUCCUCACCUGCUGCUUCUGCAUCUGCAAGAAAUGCUGCUGUAAGAAGAAGAAGAACAAGAAGGAGAAAGGCAAAGGCAUGAAGAACGCCAUGAACAUGAAGGACAUGAAAGGCGGUCAGGAUGAUGAUGAUGCAGAGACCGGCCUGACUGAGGGAGAAGGUGAAGGAGAGGAAGAGAAAGAGCCAGAGAAUUUGGGCAAACUGCAGUUUUCCCUGGAUUAUGAUUUCCAGGCCAACCAGCUUACCGUCGGCGUUCUGCAGGCUGCUGAAUUGCCUGCCCUGGACAUGGGAGGCACCUCAGACCCUUAUGUCAAAGUCUUCCUUCUUCCAGACAAGAAGAAGAAAUACGAGACCAAAGUCCAUAGGAAGACACUGAACCCUGCCUUCAAUGAAACUUUCACCUUCAAGGUGCCAUACCAGGAGCUAGGAGGCAAAACCCUGGUGAUGGCCAUCUACGACUUUGACCGCUUCUCCAAACACGACAUCAUCGGAGAGGUAAAGGUGCCUAUGAACACCGUGGACCUUGGCCAGCCCAUCGAGGAGUGGAGAGACCUGCAGGGCGGCGAGAAGGAGGAGCCAGAGAAGCUGGGCGACAUCUGCACCUCCCUGCGCUACGUGCCCACGGCCGGGAAGCUCACUGUCUGCAUCCUGGAGGCCAAGAACCUGAAGAAGAUGGACGUAGGCGGCCUUUCAGACCCCUACGUGAAGAUCCACCUGAUGCAGAAUGGCAAGAGGCUCAAGAAGAAGAAGACGACGGUGAAGAAGAAGACCCUGAACCCCUAUUUCAACGAGUCCUUCAGCUUUGAGAUCCCCUUCGAGCAGAUUCAGAAAGUCCAGGUGGUGGUCACCGUGCUGGACUAUGAUAAGCUGGGCAAGAACGAAGCCAUCGGCAAGAUCUUUGUGGGCAGCAAUGCCACAGGCACGGAGCUGCGGCACUGGUCCGACAUGCUGGCCAACCCCCGGAGGCCCAUCGCGCAGUGGCACUCGCUCAAGCCCGAGGAGGAGGUGGACGCACUUCUGGGCAAGAACAAGUAGGCAGCAGCGGCCGGGACCCCACGCCGUGACAGACACUGACAAGAUCCAGAGCUAUCAAUACCUCAGUUAUGCAACCUUAGAGGUUUUCUUUCUCAUUUGUUUGUGGUUGUGUCCUUGUUUUUCCUUCCUUUAUCUCUUUUUAAAGACCAACUUCCCAAUAAUGGCUGUGUGAGGAGAGUCCCCUAACAGGUGAAAGAGAAGCCUGGCUCUUUUCAUCGUCCCAGGAGCUGUCCUUGCUGCAUGCCCUGUCACAUUUCCCUCUCCCUCCUUCAAAGCUUCACUGAAGCCUCACCCUGAGUGAGGCCCUCUUCUGGCAGAAAGUCGCAGCACUUCCUGUUUUUUGAGUGUUCUGGACCAACAAAAUGGCAGCACAUCCUGUUUCCUGACAGGAAAGGCAACAGAGUGGCCUAUGAUGUGUGUGUGUGUGUGUGUGUGUGUGUGUGUACACGUGUGCACGUGGGGGUGUGUGUGUGUGUGAGCAUCUCUCUGCAAUCCUGGAAUGAGCCAUGGACAGUGAAGUUGUAUGGAAAGAGAAGGUUCUUCAGGGACCCUGAAAUGAAGAGACGUCCACUGUCCAAGUGGGAGAUCUUCUGUCAGCUCAUGGAGAGGGCUCAGAAUCCUGGUCAGAUGCCAGAAGCUCCCAUACUCCUUGUGGGAGGCAAGAUGUGGAGACUGGAUUUGUCCGGAACUAGGACCAAACCCCUGAUGCCAUCAUAGACUUCCUCCUGUCAGGCAUGGUUUCCCCACAAGCAUGGUUUCUGGGACAUUCCUGGACAUGAACUAUUCACUAGAUUGGUCAGGCUCUAACAGGGACCAUCACUCCUGGGAACUCACUGUUGUUGACAGUUAACAUCGAACUAUGAAGAAACAAGACCCAUUACCUAGAAAGACCAAAUGAAACUCCUGGAUCUUCUUCACUCCCUUCCAGUGGGAAACACGGAUGCUUUCUCCCUUUCCAGAAUAUAAGCUAUGCGGUUCAUUUGCAUUGAUUCCCCAUCAUGCUUUUGCUUCUGUUUUCUCUUUUAAUCUAAGUGGAGCAAUGCUAUCUGAACACCGUUAUCUGUACAGAGCCAGAGAACUCUAAAAGGAAGGUUUAAAUAUUCUUAGUUCCCCUGAAGUCCAGGUAAGAAGGGGGAGGAUGGUGGACAGAUGGCAGAGAUUUCCCAGAUGAGAUAGGUGGGAGUGCUGAAAUUCCCCCCAGCUUCCACUCCUCUGCCUUCCAUGCCAGACAGCUUAUGGGUAGCUGGCGUGGUCCAGGGAGACAUGUGGGGAGGCCCCAUCCUACCCUUCCUUAGGGAGGCUUCUCUCUAUGAAUGCCGAGAAGCAGGUUAUCCAUUCCAAAUGGGUGGUGGAGGACACCUGCUGGGGUUUCUACCCCACGCUCAGUUGUGUUCCAUUCCCUCUUCACCUUGUGUCCCCAGCUCUGAUAAAAAGCCAUAUAUAUGUUAGUCAAGUUUGCACUGAGCCUCGUUCCAAACAUUCAGCCUGGGCAAGAGAGUUAGGUCUCACAUGGCCUGAGGCCAGCACCACUUCCUUCUGCCCUUUCCUCCCAUCCUUGCCUCCCUUCCUUUAGCCUCUCUCUUCCAUCCAUGAAGCCCUGAGGCCCUUGCCAUUUCUCCACCACAGAAUACACAUAGCUUCCUCAGAAGCUUGGGGAUCUCUCUCCUAGCAAAAAUGGCAGCACUUCCUGUCGUGCCCCAUCUGGGCCACCUGAGUGUCCUGUAGAUACCUAAGACAGAUGGACAGUGUUAGAGAAAAUCAGGCUUUGAGGAUCUGCAUGAAGAAAAUGCAGAUUGUCUUUUUAUUUUGUUAAAAGAAAGAUGGGUUUUUUGUUUCUGCUGUGCCACGUGUUUUUGGUUAGAGUAGAGGAUGAAGGAACAUCUCCAGAAACAGACUGGGAAGUGGGGCUCAGCCUUGUUCACCUCUCAGAGACCCUUCUCCUUCUUGCUAGUGGCCCUUGGUACGUGGGAGAUUGUAUUUUACUGGGCCCUGUGUGAGUGUGGGUGUACUUCAUGAUGACAAGGUAGGACUC